CAACGCAUGGCCACAAAAUUGGAGCGUAAACAGUGUUGCGUUUUGCAAUCAAGAGUGAAAGCUCGGGGCAUCUGAGCAUGCCACUGCUCAGCCGCCAACGGAACCCGACACACGGCAUCAUGGGAGCAUCACAGAGCGAGCAAAUGCCGAAGUCAGAGAAGUUAGACCUGGUGGCCAGGAUCAAGGCACGGCUGGCGUCUGUGGACCCGAAGAAGGCUCAGGAGUUAGGGGGAGUGUUCCUCUUCAACAUCAUUAAGGGCACCAGCGUUUAUUCUUGGACCCUCGACCUAAACCAAGUGACGGUCUACGAAGGUGAGCCAGAAGACGACCCUGACACCACGUUUACUCUCAACGAGCACUACUUCAAGCAGCUGGUCCAGGGGCGAGAGGACCCGCGCGUCAUCAUGCAGGCAGGACGCUGCUCCGUCACCGGAGACAUAAUGAGAGCUAUGAAACUGGAACCUUAUAUCAAAUUGGAGUAGAGCUUAGUUUUGGGUGUAUAAGUUAUUGUUGUUUUAGGUUAGUUUUAAGGAGAUCUGUUUUUGUACUGCAAGCAUGGAUUUGUUAUUGUAUUUAACUGCUAAUGUUACAACUUUGUUGGAUAUAUCAUCACUUAGGUAUAUGAUUUUGUUACGACUCUUUGGAUACAAAUAUUACAAUUAUUAUCAGAUGUCUUGCGUUAUGCAUAACACUUAUAAUUCAAGAGAGGCAUCAAUGUUGACGCAUUUAUGUACGAGCAACGUCGUUUUCCAAUGACUCCAACAUUGACGAGCAAGAUUCGGGGUAGGAGAAGAUUGCAACAAAACCUAAUUUUAAAAGGAAAAUGUUACCAUAGGAGAAUAAGCAGGCUAUGUAAAAUCCAGUUCGGUUUCUAUUGCGGUAAUAAGUAACUGCUAGUAGAUUAUAGCUUUAAAUAAAUGUUGUUUUCAAAAU